AUGGAGGUGUUGACCACUAUACGUUGGUUGUGGGUCUUGACUCAACUGUUUUUGACCACUGAAGUGUUAGCGACGGAAGGACGCACCAAACGAUCAAACAGCAUGAAGACCGAGAUAGUGGACCAGAUAUCAUCUUCCCGGAACUAUGUUUACCGGCCCAACCAAAACGUCAAAGACGAACCAGUCGUAAUUGAGUGUGAUCUUCACAUCAAUAGUAUCGAUUCCGUGACGGAAGUUGAGAUGGAAUUCACGGUUGAGGUUAUUUUACACCUGACAUGGGUAGACCCGCGACUAGUGAAGCCGUUCCUUAAUCAGAACGUGGAGUUUGUGGAACUGGAUGCGAAAAAAGUGAAAAACUUUUGGGUACCUGAUAUAUUUUUCCCAAACGAAAAGAGGGCAGCUUUCCACGAUGUAAUGUCAGCAAACAAAAUGCUUCGGAUCCACAACACCACGCACGUCCAUUACACGACCAGAUUGUCGUUGACGCUGAGCUGUCCAAUGAAUCUUCGUAAAUAUCCGUUUGAUCAGCAAACCUGUUCCGUGAAAAUGGAAAGCUUUGGACUGACAAAGAGCCAGUUGCAGUUGAAGUGGUCAAAUAAUUCCAGUCCUUUGUUGGUAAAAAAGGGGUUGGAGUUGCCACAGUUCCAGCUAGUAGGUCACAGCUACUACGAUCUGGAGACAUUCAGCAAGAUUAGAGGAAACUACAGUUCUUUGAGGGCAGACUUUUUUAUGGUGAGAAAUAUCAACUAUUACGUAAUACAGAUGUACAUUCCAAGCCUUCUCAUUGUGAUGCUGUCAUGGGUUUCUUUCUGGUUGAACGUAAAUUCCGUGCCAGGACGAGUAAACCUUGGAGUAUUGUCAGUCCUGACCAUCUCCACCCAGAGUUCCAGUGUUAACCGCGCACUGCCUCGAGUGUCCUACACCAAGGCCAUAGACAUUUGGAUGGCUGCUUGUCUUGUCUUUGUGGUAGCGGCUUUGGUCGAGUUUGCCAUUGCAAACGUUCUCAGUCGGAGGGGAUCAGGAAAGGGGAUGAUGUUUAUUAAAAAGAUAAUUAAAUUAGCACGGGACAGGAAGCGAGGUGCUGAGAACUCGAACGGGGGAGUAAAACCAGAAGGAUCAGGCGUCCGACAUCGGGAAAAUCACAAAGAGAAAGAUACGGUGGUCGGUAUUGAUGGGUCCGUUAGGGUCUCUAACUGCCAGCAUUUAACAGUUGAGGACGAUGACACCAUUAAGCGCAAGUCCCCGAAGAGAACUGGGGUCAUGUAUGCGUUUUACCUGGACGUUGCGUCUCGCAUCAUGUUUCCUUUGUCAUUCGGGAUCUUCAACAUCGUUUACUGGAUCUACUACCUUAACGUCAUGAAUGAUUUUGAGAGUUAAAUUAGCAAAGGACAACAUGAAACUUAUACUUCAAGUACAGGACAAGCAGCUCUUCGGACAAUGUUAUUUAUAGUUACCAUACGAGGAAUAGUAUACACAACAAUAAAUAUUCUAUCUAGAUUCAACUCCAAAAAGGUUGAAUAAAGAACAUUUCAAAGACAACAAGAAAUACCAACAUGUGAACAUAAUACUAAUUUAAACUCAAAUUGAAUAAACAAAGGGCAAAAUAAGAAUAAACAAAAGAUGUAUACGGAUAGUCCCGAAAGACUACAAAGAGAAAAAGACCAGGCGUUCCGGAAAAUUAAACGUAAAAGUGACGACAGUCGCCAUGUAAAUUUUGGUGAAUUAAUGUAAUUUGAGAUCCGUUCUCAAAUGAGAACAAGGUAUACAACAGAACACACAAACAUAGAUAAACACUGUAUAUAGAUAUCUUUAAAAUGUUCAAAAUAUUGAAAUGACACGAUAAUGUGGUUUGGGUACAAAAUAGCCGCUCACACAAACUAACAUGUCGGGACACAAGAACGAACAGUACUAAUUGAUAUUUAACAAUCUCGAAAAAUAUCUUGAACGAUUUGCCAUUCAUCUGCAUUGAUGACAAUAAAUAUUUUUUCAUUAACAUGAAACCAGUUUCGUACGUAGAAGUAAAACAUCAUUAUAUGUAAAUAGUAUCAAUACACAUCAUUCAAUUUUUUCGAUAUUUAACCCGACUUUUGAUUGGUUAUUGAACAUUUUUUUAGCAUAAACGUGACCAUAACAGUCAACUUAAUUUGAAUGCCACUGGUGUCUCACAUUCUGAGCGUGGUAAUCAAGAUAUCUGAAGUUAUGAACAAUGAUGGGACUAGAUGAUGGUUUUUUUGUUUGUUUUCGUGUAAUAGGGACAAUUCUACUGUGUUUAGAAAUUCGCUACGCUAUAUUGUGACUAUAGCGUCAAAAAUUGAGCUUUACUGGCGCCGCGUAGUAGACGUAAUCAAACGAAUACAACAGAAUUAUCCUCUAAUUUUAAAAUGAAGACGUGGAUAAAUUGAAACAAAUUGCAUUACCGCAGAAAAAAUUGAUGAAUUCUGAAAUAUAAUUGGAACAUAGAUGUGUAUUAAGCUUUGAUUAGUUUAUAGAACGGGUAAAAUUGUAACCUGGUGUAUCAAACUCAUCUCGUUUCAUUUCGUUUUGAUGUUUCCUGAGUUUUUGAUGUUGUUUUGUAUGUAAAUAAAUUGUUAUUUCAUGAUCCAUGUGUGUA